AUGGCGACCCCUAACGUCGAUGACCUAACUAAGGACCUAACGAAUAGAUACAACUACAUCUGGGACCGCUACUUCCAUGCAAAUCGUGCUGAGGCAUUGAAGAUGGCCGCAGAUCUCCUCAAAGAGCCGGGACUGUGCGCGGACCAUCAGGCUGGUAUGCACCAACUUCUGGCCUGCGACCCCUUCAACUUCAAUGAUGACACUGUCAUGCACGCUAAAGAGGUGGUCCGCAUCGAUAGCGAGAUCGUCCAGCAGUAUCAUGACACCGCUACGAUGCACGAGCAGGCUUUCAUGCAAACCCAGCUUCGGUUUGCGAAGGAGCAUUUUCAGCUUGUUCUAGAGAAGAAGCGCAAACUCGACGAGGAGAUAGCCUUUUGGGUGUCUGUGGAAUUCGUCAAGGCCGAUGCCCAGGACACACAACCCAAGCAGGCAGAACAGGGUGAGCAGGCCGAACGACCGGCAGUUCCAGAGGACGACAACAACCUAGGCGAUAUGCUCUCUCUUUCUUCCGUCACCGCUGCCGACGGUGAACUUCUUCGUUCCAGUCAAAAUGCACCCUCGGACACUACCCGCCGUACCGAUGAGUCCUCCCAAGAUCAGCCCCAGUCCACCGCGAGGGUUGAUGCUGCCUCCCCCCGGGACCUGCACAUCCAUACACCAGAAAAGGAGAAGUUGUGA